UAGCUCUGGCAGCUGAACUUUGAGGGCAAAUGACUGGGAUGGACUCGGUUUUUGCCUCAGCGAGGCACUGCUGCAUCGCCGGGUCUCUGCCAGCUAGUGAUAUUUAUGGAUUCUAGCAACGGGGAGGACAGGAUGGAGGAGAUAUUGGACUGAUGGUGCUGGUCCCCUGACGUCUGUGAACGGGUGCUCCCGUAAUCGGAGUUGCUUCCUGGAGGAACAGAGAUGGAUUCUGUCUGGCAGCAGUUGCCCUUUUGAAGCAGUCGUUCCUUUAGGCCUCCUGGGAGCAGGACUUCAAAACCAGCAAAUAUGUCGGGAAGGUUGUGGUCCAAGGCCAUUUUUGCUGGUUAUAAGCGGGGUCUCCGGAACCAGAGGGAGCACACAGCUCUUCUUAAAAUUGAAGGUGUUUAUGCCCGAGAUGAAACUGAAUUUUAUCUAGGCAAGAGAUGUGCUUAUGUGUACAAAGCAAAGAAUAACACAGUGACUCCUGGCGGAAAACCUAACAAAACCAGAGUAAUCUGGGGAAAGGUAACUCGUGCUCAUGGCAACAGUGGCAUGGUUCGUGCCAAAUUCCGAAGCAACCUUCCUGCCAAGGCCAUUGGACACAGAAUCCGUGUGAUGCUGUACCCUUCAAGAAUUUAAACUUACUGAAAAUUAAAUAAAAGUGCAUUUGUUCUCUUGUAUUUUUGGUAAA